UUUAACUAUGUAUUUUUGUACGUAUUUGAAAUGUUGUUGUUUCGUGUUGCGUUCAUUUUUAUCUUCGUGAACUAGAUUUAGCUUGAUUGACGUUUCGUAAGACUAUUUAAAAAUAAAUAAAAUGUCUCCCCGUGUGUACGCCUUACCGGUCUUUCCUUGAUUGUCGGAAUUCACUUCCUUAGAUUUAAAUAUUUACGAUGAGACUCUCGUGGCGUGAUGCAGAUCGGGAUUUUAGAAAACAUUUACCAGGUGGUGAAACAACCGAACAUCAUCUAACAGAAACUUUGCAUUCUGUGAGAACUGAUUUUAAACCGCUACCUGGUUUUGAUCCAAGCAAGGAUGAUCUUGAAUAUUUUCGUGCUCAACAAGGAAUCGAUUGCGACGAAGUAUAUCCUGGGAUAUUUAUAGGAGAUGCAACCACGGCAAAAAAUAAAAAUUAUCUUGCAAUGAUCGGUAUAACACACUUGCUGAAUGCUGCGGAAGGAAAGAAAUUUGGAUUUGUAAAUACUGACAGAAAUUAUUAUAGUAAUACAAGAAUAAAAUAUCUUGGAUUACCGCUAGCUGAUCUUCCAACUGUUGAUAUAAGCAAGUACUUCUACACUGCGGCAUCUUUCAUCGAUGAAGCUGUUUCUAAUAAUGGUAAAGUUUUUGUACACUGUAUGGUGGGAGUAUCUCGCAGUGCAACGUGCGUCUUAGCAUACUUGAUGAUAAAGAAGAAUAUGUUGGCUGUUGAUGCGAUAAGGAUAGUCCGUGAAAAACGCGAUAUACAUCCAAAUUAUGGAUUUCGCAGCCAAUUAGCUCAACUGGAUAAUCAACUGCGUCGACAACGUUUGUAAUAAAAAGAACAAAUUUUAAUUAACAAAUAUAUCUAUAGUAUUAUAACAUUAUGUGGAUUAAAUAUGAUUGUAGGUACGCGGUUCCAAUGUAUCAUACGUUUCUUGUAAUAUGAUUCUUAAAUCGUACUUAUAUCUUAUAAUAAAUAAUAAUCAAUAAUCCCAAAUAUAUGUCUAAUGUUAA